AUAUGGAUAAUAAGUGGCAACUCCCAUUACGUGUGGCCUCUCCCCACACUAAAAAAGACCAGUCGAUCAUAUGGAAUACUUCACGCCUGUGCUAUGAGCAAAAGCUCUUUGGCCAGGUUACCGAUCUUUCGUAUAAUGCAUCAGGUACCAUGCUCGGUGCCACCUCAACGAAUCAGGUAGCGAUUCUUCGUAUUCCGUACAGCAACGAAGUCGUUGUAAACGAGCAGACUGGGCGCAAGAACUUUUCGAUCUGUUUUCGACAAGAUGACAAACUCUAUAUACAGGCGAUCGAUCAGCGAGUGGUGGUGAAGUCCCCUGAUACAGCAUUUGAGAGGCAAUUUUCUGGUCAUACAAGGGAGGUUCGAGGUGCCAUUUUUCUUGACAAGCAUAACUUCGUGUCAGCCAGUGAUGACACCACUAUCAAGCUCUGGGAUCUUUUGACGGAUGAGGCCCUGGACACGGCUCAUGUUCAUACUGACUACGUUCGAUGCCUGGAAAAUUAUUCCUCUGGUUGCCUUCUUAGCGGAUCUUAUGAUCAUAGUAUCAAUUUGUGGGAUCCACGGGCUGGCCUGUCUAAACCCUUGCAGUCUUCCGGGAAAAUACUCGGAGCAGCUGUGGAGGCAAUUUGUUUUUUAGAAGACUCUGAGCUAAUAGCGUGUGGUUCGGGUGAUCAGAUUACACUUUUUGAUGUUCGUAAGGGGCUCUCCUCGUUUAUUUCACAUGUUUCUUUUCACACUAAAACAGUGGUCUCGUUAGCGUACUCGCCGGAACACAAGACGCUUCUUUCAGCAUCCCUUGAUUGUCGUCUUAAAAUGUCAGUCCUUAUGGGUUCGGAGUUAAAGUCAUUAUCCACAAUGAAGUUUAAUGACCCACUGACUGCGGUUGCUAUGCAAAAUCAGGGCACUGAAUUUGCUGUUGGGACCGCCACGGGUGAUAUUCGAGUUUUCAAACUGGAUGAGCAACGAAAUGCUGCUGAAGAGAAUGAUGUAUUUGAAAACGUCCAAAAGAAAACGAAGGACAACCUGGGCGUACUGCAAGAGAAAAUGAAUGCUGUGAGGCACCAACUUAAAACAUAUCACUAUGGAAAAGCUAUCAGGACAGCCCUUUAUGCACGCCAUGCUGAUGUUUUGGUUUCAACACUGGAGGAGCUGAUUCGACGCGGUGCGUUGCAUGUUGCUCUUAGCAACCAGAACGAUCGAACAGUGGCACGUAUUCUUCGUUUCGCAACCGAAUAUGUUGACAAACCACACUUUACAGACACUAUGCUAGAUGUGUUCGAGGUUAUAUUCGAGAUUUAUAGUACCAUGGUCAGUAAAAGCAAUUUUUUUUUCCGAGAGAUGAAAAUCGCACAAAAAAGGGUAGCCGCCUCACUCGCUACCUUGAAGAGAAUGAAAAAAGUUGUAAGCACUAUGGAGCUAAUUGUUAAUGUUGAUAAUUCAUAA